AUGGGUGAGGAAGCUGAUGUGGUUGAGGAAGUUGUUGUGGUUGAGGAAGUUGUUCAAGAUGAGGAGGCUAGGGAGCUUGAUCCUGUUAUCCAAGUUGAUAAUGUAAAUGUUCAAGAGGUUGAUGAGGUUAAUCCUAAUGCCCAAGUUGAUAAUGGUAAUGUUCAGGAGGUUGCUCCUGUUGUCCAAGUUCAGCAGGUUAGUGUUAGGCCAAUUUCAGAUAUUUUGAAGAGGAUAAGGAAAAAAAAGUCAGAGAGAAUAUUGAAGCUGAAAUUAGGCAAAACAAUUGGUGGUGUUGAUGAUCCAGGAAAUUCGAAGGGAAAAGCUCUUGUAAUUGAUUAG